AUGGCGCGGCGAGAGCGAAGGCCAAGCGAGCACUGGGUGGGCAACGUGAACGAGAGCUCUGCGUCUCUCGCCGUCUCCAACUCGCUCAGACUGCGACUUGCUGCUCACGAGCGACUGCUGGACUACGCUCACGACCGCCUCCGACCAAACAGCGACUGGCCCAACCGCGAGCAGCGACCCCCCGAGGCGACCUCGCCAACACCCUCUCAGUCUCUCCGCUCGCCCAACACCUACACAGGUCGGGCGCAGCGCACAGGCAUGGUGUACUACGUCUGCCCAAACUGUGGCAACCGUACCGCAGAAUACAGCGAGAGCAUGGUCCACUACAACGCCUGCGACGUCGUCCGCGUCCGAACCGUCAACUCGCCUCCAGGAAGUACGGUCGGUUUCUCCGCGGGAGCUGGAAAGGAGGGACAGCAGACAGGAGGAGGAACGGGCGGUGGGACGGGUUCGUCCGAGGCGAGUUCUGCGGGCUCAGUAACGCCGGCGAACAGGGAGGGCGAGGCGAAGAAGGAGUGA